CAGGGGUUUCCUUUGGAGAAAAAGUUUUCUUGGUGUGGGGAGGAGACGUUUACCUGAUUAACCCUGCAAGAAUAACUCACAAGGCUUGAAUGUUGCGGCCUGUUCUGCUGGCCUUGAGAGUUAAUAAGAGGACCUCAGAUAUUAGACCAGAAUCUAAACGAAUUGGUAGAAGAUAUGGAGCCUGAAUAGUCUCAAUGGAAGCAGCUUCAUUUGAGAUUGAUUCUUUCUGCAACCUGCAUUUGGAAAUGUGGUGAACUGAGAAGUGCAAAGGCAAAUAGAUCACUUGUGGAAUUGUUUAUCAAGAUGUCCCACACAGUGACUUUCACCUUUCAUGACCCUGAGAACAGAGACACUGCCAGCCAAGACCCAAGUCCAUAUGAUGAAGGGGCUGUGCAUGAUUCCUUCCACCAGCUAAUUAAGGAGCAGAGCAGUUUGGCUGAACAGGAGUUGGUGGAGAUGCAAGACCUGACUUCCAGGAGCAAAGAAAAUCUGGUUCAUCCCCUUGAUCAGACUGAAGCUUGGAAACCAAAUGAACAGCUGGUAGAGCACCCUGACUUCUCUUCCACCACAUUGCGCAUCCUUGCUAAUAUGCCCAGCCGUACUAUUGGGCGCAGCAGAGGAGCCAUCCUCUCCCAGUAUUACAACCGCACUGCCAGACUACGCCGUCGGAGCAGCCGUACUCCUUUCCAGGAAGUAUCCCGUUCUGCGCGGCCUAGUUUUCGGCAGCUGGUUCUAGACUUGGAUUCCAGUCACAAGGCAGAAGACACCAACUAUAAUUUUCUGGUAAAAGAACUCCAGAACCUGCCAGCGCAUCAACGCAAUCACAUGCUGCAGCAGAUGCCUCUAAGCUUGGCUGAGAAGCUCAGACUCAGGCAGGAUUCGAGUGGGCAUUCAGGCACCUUGAGGAAACCCCAGCCAACGGGUCCUUUGUCUCACUGCAGCUGGCUUAAAUACCACAUCCUAAUAGGGUUCCGGAAUCUCUGGUACAACCUGCUGUCCCUUGUUCCUAUUCUCCAGCCCUGGCAUUAUUCCCUCAAGCAGAUCAGCGGUCGCUUUGGCUCUAGCAUCCUCUCCUAUUUCCUAUUCCUCAAGACUUUGCUGUUCUUUAAUCUCUUCAUGUUCCUGAUCCUGCUGGUCUUUGUAGUUGUUGUGCAGGCUGCUUACCCUUCUGCCAUACCCAACAGUGUGGCCUUCACAGGGUAUGAUCUCUUGACUGGAGCGGGCUACUUCAGUCACACACUGCUGUAUUAUGGCUACUACAGUAAUUUCACACUGAAUGCCCCUGAUGCUUCUGCUGCUAACAACACCCAUGACAGGCAACACAUGCAUGUCCAGUUGUCAUAUAAUAUGCCUCUGGCCUAUCUAUUUGUUACUGGAGGUUCCUUCUUUGGAACCUGCAUUCUCUUGGUCUACAGCGUGUCUCAUUCCUUUGGGGAAAGCUACCGUGUAGGCAGUGUAUCAAGUAACCUGGCAGUUAAAGUCUUCUGUGCCUGGGACUACAAAGUGAUUCAGAAACGCUCUGUCCAACUCCAGAGCAAUAACAUUUGCACACAUCUGAAGGAGUGUCUGGCUGAGCAGAGGUUGGAAUCCUGCUCUUUAAGCUUUUCUAAGAAACUGCAGGGACUGGUGGUCUUGCUGGUGGCCUGGACUGUAUCCUUGAGCACUGUUUCAGGCAUUGCCAUUGGUAUACACUACUUUUCUGAAUAUAUACACCAGGUUCUCCAUGAGAAGCCCAUGAGAAGCAGCCAUGUUAGGACAGAGGUGUUGCUCCUGGCCCUGCCUCUGGUUGUGUCUCUCAUUAACUUGCUCAUGCCAUACUUGUAUAACCUUCUGGCUGCGUGGGAGAAACUGGAAUCUCCAGUCCUGGAGGUGUACGUUGCCAUUAGCAGGAACUUAAUUCUCAAGAUGAUCAUCUUGGGCCUGCUGUCCUAUCACUGGCUAAGUUGGAAAGUGACAUCUUCAGAGAUUCAGUGCUGGGAAACGUUUGUGGGGCAGGAGCUCUACCGUUUGAUGGUGAUGGAUUUGAUUUUCAUCCUCCUGGACGUCAUCUUUGGAGAGCUGAUAUGGAGGAUCAUAUUGGAGAAGAAGUUACAAAGUAAACGGAGACCUGAAUUUGACAUUGCUAGAAAUGUUCUAGAUUUGAUUUAUGGACAAACCCUAACCUGGCUGGGGGUCUUCUUUGCCCCACUUCUUCCUGUGGUCCAAAUCCUCAAAUUGCUGCUCUUGUUCUAUGUUAAAAAGGUCAGCUUGAUGAGAAAUUGUCAAUGUCCCCGUAAACCCUGGCGUGCAUCUCACAUGAGCACCAUCUUCAUCUCUUUGUUGUGCUUCCCUUCAUUCCUGGGUGCCGCCAUAUUCCUCUCCUACAUCAUCUGGGCAAUAAAACCGUCAGAAAUGUGUGGACCUUUUCAAACUUUUGAUACCAUCUAUGAUUCUUGGAAGGCAUGGGUACUAAAGCUGGAAGAAUCUAGUCCAAAUACCACUUGGUUUACCUGGAUCCAUCAGAACCUGUUUCAAACUUCAUACUUCCUGUUGUUCAUCACUGGAAUUUUGAUUGCUGUGAUCUAUUUCACCAUUGCAGUGGUGAAGGGUCUGCGGAGAAUCAUUUCAUUACUGAAGGAGCAGAUUGCCAAUGAAGGAGAAGACAAGAAGUUUCUCAUUCAAAGACUUCAUACUAUAUAUGAAAAAUGAAAGUACAACAAGGUGAAAACGAGCAUCUUCAUCAGCAAAUGUACCAGGUGAACCUUUCCCUGGAGGACUUCUUAGGAAAGGGAAAAUAGAUAUGGGACCCUCCAGAAAAGGACUGAUGAACAUGUUCAUGCUGCUGAAGACAUCUGACACUGUUGUCUCCCUUCAGGCUUCCUGCAUGUGAACAUCUUCUACUUUUAGUUGGAGAAGUUAUAUUCUUACUGUUUGCUGGCCAUUCCAGUGUCGGUCUACAGGCAAAUGGAAACUUUCCCUGAACCAGACUAAGAGCUCCCAAACUACCUGAAGACUUUUACAGAGAAUUUUUAUUACAGGGUAUUCAAACUGAUCUUUUACGAUGUGCAGUGGUCCUUGUACUUAGUUUUGCCAGGAUUAUGAGAUCCAUGAUCCCAUGUGGAGAGUGUACAAAGUUGCUGGAAAGAAAUCUUUCUUACAAGGGAACUCAUGGCCUAAUACUAUUAAAAAUGACUGUUUUUGGAAAGCUCUCUUAAGAGAGUAAAUUACAUUCCCUUUUAAUUCCUUUACAGCAUUAUUAAUUGGCUAAGUGAUGGUGAACAAUUGUCAUUUGUUAAGUUCUCAUAAUGUGUAGUUACUCUAACUUGGUUGUGCAUGCCUGCAUUUUAGCUCAUGCCCUCCGAAUGUAUUUGCACUUCAAGUGUGAGCACUAAUCUGUAAAGGAAAUCUUAAAUCUCUGCUACCUCAUGUUUAUUUUCUUUGUGGAACUGGGGUGUACAUUUAUAGGGCACUUUUCACAAUUUCUGUGUUCCAGACAGUAAAUUAAACCUGCAACUUUCUUUUUAGAAUUGUCUGACUAACUCUAAGCCACAAGAACCACGUGAGUGAAAAGGGGAACGAGUGCAUGUGAUAGUGAGGGCAAAGGAUGUUCUUUUUCAAUAAAAUUUUGUAACCUAA